AUGCUCCUCACGCUACCCGCCACGCUCCUCCCCCUCCUCCUCACCCUCACCCCAACACGCGCCUACAAACCGCUCUCGGACGCCUUCCUCCGAGCCCUCCCCUCCCCCAACAACACCCUCUCCGCAAAAGACAGCUCCCUCCUCUCCCCAUUGCUCAUCCCGCGCGUCCCCGGCACCCCUGGCCAAACCCUCGCGCAACACCACCUCUACGCCUACUUCACAAAGGAGUUACCAGCCUGGAACCUAACCUGGCAAAACAGCACCUCUGUGACCCCCACAUCCAGCACACCUCUCCCCUUCGCCAACCUCAUCGCGCGCCGAGAACCACCUUGGGUUGCACCGGGACAAUCGAACUUGCUCACGCUCGUUGCGCACUAUGACAGUAAAUUGCAUCCGGAUGGGUUUAUCGGGGCGACGGAUAGUGCGGCGCCAGCCCUAGCAACCCACUGGUCCACGACCUUCAACCCCCCCUCUCCCGCCUCAAAAUUCUACCAAAACCGCACUCCCCUCUCGCAAAUCAGCCUCUUCCUUCUCCUUGACCUGCUCGGUUCCGCAGACCCACUCGUCCCAUCCUACUUUCCCACCACUCACUGGGCCUACGUACACCUCUCAACCAUUGAGUCCCGGUUACGCAGUCUGAACCUCCUAGAAUCAUCUCCAUCCACACCCUUCUUACCAGAUGUAAAUGGGACAAUGGGGCAUGGAGGGAUAUCAGACGAUCAUCUGCCGUUUAUGGCAAAGGGCGUGGAGAUAUUGCAUGUGAUACCUAGUCCGUUUCCGGGUGUGUGGCAUACGAUGGAGGAUGAUGGAGAGCAUUUGGAUGGGGCGACGGUGAGGGAUUGGGCGAGGAUUGUGGGUGCGUUCGCACUGGAGUGGUUGGAUAUGAUGGAGGUAUGGGAUGAGCCUGGAGAGGAAGCGACAGCGGGUAAGAGGUGGUUAGCAUAG